CAGGAGACUGGGAGGGCUUCCCAUUCUAAUAAUACUCCUCCUCAUCCAAUAGAAAGCAUUUCCUAUUGAGACCCCCAAAGGUCCUCUUCUCAGAUCCAGCCCAGAUAUUAGGCUUUUUCUAUGAGGUUUCUUUUCCUGCCCCCCUCUUCUCCCUCCUUCCCUCACUCACACACACACACACACACACACUCUCUCUCUCUCUCUCUCUCUCUCUCUCUAGGGCAUGCUGCUUGCUAUAGGCAGGUUGGAGUUCGUUUAACAAAAGGGUACUGGUGAUAACAGCUGCUGGCUUCAGAUCCUCAGGAUUAACUCCAUUCGGCAAUAUAAUAAAGUGGACAACUCUGCUUUAACGUAAUAUUUUUCCAAGGAUGGAUGUACAGAUGGGUCCUCUAUGACAACCGUUAUGUUCUUUAAGACUCCCUAAAUCAGAGUGCCUGUGCUAAAAAAAGGUGAAACCCAUGGAAAGAAAUUCUGAUUCCAUAAAAAAUACAUGAAAUGCACAUACUAGUUUACAUGGUUUCUAAAUUAUAUGGAUGUUAGAAUCCAUACUGGAUUCAACAGAACAACCUAGAGCCUGGGAUGGGAAACCAUAGCAACAAUUUAUCCUGUCUCAUUGAUGACUCCUUUAAGUACAACCUCUACGGAUCCGUGUACAGUGUGAUAUUUAUCCUUGGCUUGAUCACAAACUGUGCCUCCCUCUUUGUCUUCUGCUUCAGAAUGAAGAUGCACAAUGAAACUGCCAUCUACAUGACCAACCUUGCUGUGUCUGACCUGCUUUUCGUAUUCACUUUGCCAUUUAAAAUUUUUUAUAAUUUUAAUCGCCACUGGCCUUUUGGAGAUACCUUGUGUAAGAUUUCAGGAACCGCAUUCUUGACCAACAUUUAUGGAAGCAUGCUCUUUCUAACCUGUAUCAGCGUGGAUCGUUUCUUGGCCAUUGUCUACCCAUUUCGAUCGCGUACCAUUCGGACAAGAAAAAACUCUGCAAUUGUCUGUGCCAGUGUCUGGGCGAUUGUGCUUAGUGGAGGAAUUUCUGCAUCACUUUUUUCCACCACCAACGUAUCAAAAUCUAGCACCACGUGUUUUGAAGGGUUUUCCAAAAGCAUCUGGAAGACCUACCUGUCAAAAAUCACAAUAUUCAUUGAAGUAGUUGGAUUUAUAAUUCCCUUGCUGUUGAACCUUACUUGUUCAUCGUUGGUUUUGCGAACUCUUCGGAAGCCUGUGACCUUGUGCCAGAUUGGAACCAACAAAGGGAAGGUUUUGAAAAUGAUAAUUGUUCACGUGGCCAUUUUUGUUGUGUGUUUUGUUCCCUACAAUUCCAUUCUUUUCUUGUAUGCUUUGGUUCGCUCACAAGCCAUUGCAAAUUGUUCGGUUGAAAGAUUUGCACGGACCAUGUACCCCAUUACCUUGUGUAUUGCUACCAUGAACUGCUGUUUCGACCCAUUUGUUUAUUACUUCACUUCAAAAUCAUUUCAAAAGUCCUUUAAUAUCAAUCCCAUAAUAAAAAUGGAUACACUAUUCAAGGUUGAUUCUGCAGCAAAAAUGGUUUUGCCAAUAACACAAGAAGAGAUCACUGAACAAAUGAACAUUAAUAAUGGAGAGCUGAUGUCAGAGUCUAAUUUCAAGGACUAAAUAUAUUAGUUGCCUAUAGGAAACUAAAAUGGCUCUCACGAGUGAAGUAAGUUAUGAGGAAAAUUUGAUGAGCUGGAUAUGGUCAGUAUUCAAAGUGAAAAGUGUAUUAAACCUAGAUGUUUUAAUUUAAAUAGAGUAAAACCUAUGUGUAGUACUGUGUUUAUUGGUUCAGACAAAUCUUUCAUUUAUUGUGUAAAUAUUAUAAAAUACUGUAGAUAUCUUGCUCGACUUUUGUCUGUGUUUUAGCAUUCACAUAUUGUAAACUAUA